AUGGCAGCGUGGGAUUGUUUAGAGAGAGAAUCUCUACAACUCCGUCAUCUUCUCCAAGUUGCCCUCAUGGUCCUCAGCUCACAGUCAACUCUCGAACUGUCGGACGGCAAUCGGAUUCCACUGCUUGGCUUCGGAACAUACGAGCUGGAUGGCAUGGAAGCCUACAAUGCCGUGACAUGGGCCCUCGAAGCAGGAUAUCGCCAUAUUGAUUCAGCCACCUGGUAUGAGAAUGAGAAGGAAUGUGGGACGGCCAUCUUGGACUUCUGCAAGUCGACAGGCACCCCUCGUUCUGCCAUCUUUUAUACGACAAAGCUCAAAUUGAACGAUGGAUACGAUGCUACCCUCAAAGCGAUCGACUUCUCACUCGACCAGUGUGGUCUCGGUUACAUCGACCUUUAUCUUAUACAUGGACCCAUUGGUGGCAAAACCGCUCGAACAGAGUGUUGGCGAGCCAUUUGUGAUGCCCAAAAGGAGGGAAAACUGAGGAGUAUCGGCGUUAGCACCUUUGGGGUCCGCCAUCUAAAAGAAAUUCUCGAUAUGGGCCUCGCAAUUCCAACUGUCCACCAGAUCGACCUCCAUCCCUUCAUGGCCCGCACAGAGAUUGUCAAGAUUUGCAAAGAAAACCAUAUCGCCUUGGAGGCAUGGGCCCCUCUCGUUCGCGGCUUGCGAUUCAACCAUCCAGUCAUCCAGAAAAUAGCGACAAAAUACCACAAACAACCUGCUCAGGUUCUCUUGCGCUAUUCUCUUCAAAAGAACUAUGUGGCGAUUCCCAAGUCCUCCUCGAAGACUCGGAUUGUCGCGAACCUCGACAUUUUUGACUUCGAGCUUGAAGAAGGGGAGAUGCUUGAUUUAGAUCAAUUAGAUGAAGGGCUGGUAACAGACUGGGACCCAACAGGCUGCCCAUAG